AUGGCAGACGAGAUCAAGUCUCCGUCGCUCGAUCACAAGAUGCCGCAGCGGGCGAGUCUUGGUGAGGUUGUUGAUACGCAGACUGGUGAUACGGAGUUGCUGGCAACGCUGGGUUACAAGCAGGAAUUGCGUCGCCAUUACUCGACUAUCCAAAUCUUCGCCGUUGCAUUUAGUAUUAUGGGACUUUUGCCAUCCAUUGCGUCGACGCUUUCUUUCUCGAUGCCGGCUGGGCCAGUUGGCAUGGUUUGGGCCGACAUGGCCUCAGCAAUGCCAACAGCCGGUGGCCUCUACUUCUGGACUCACUACUAUGCCGCCGACAAGCUGAAGAACCCGCUAAGCUUCCUAGUCGGCUACAGCAACACGAUCGGCCUAAUUGGAGGCCUCUGCUCCAUCGACUACGGUUUCGCUAACAUGCUCCUCUCAAUGGUCUCCAUUGCGCGCGAUGGCAACUGGUCUGCCACAAGACCUGUCAUCUACGGCACGUACGUGGCAACUGUCUUCGCACACGGAUUCAUGGCCAUCUUCUUCGCGCGAGUUAUGCCUCGUAUUCAGUCUAUUUGUAUCUUCCUGAACAUCGGUCUUGUCGUUGCGACUGUGAUCGCGUUGCCGAUUGGAAAGGCGCACAAUGCACCACCGGUUAAUUCGGGGUCGUACGUUUUUGGCGGCGCAGAAAAUUUGACUACUUGGCCUACUGGGUGGGCGUUUAUGUUGGCUUGGUUGAGUCCUAUUUGGACUAUCGGGGCUUUUGAUUCUUGCGUGCAUAUGAGUGAGGAGGCGACGCAUGCUGCGCGGGCUGUGCCAUUGGGUAUUAUUUCGAGUUCUGGGUUGUGUGGUAUUUUGGGAUUCUUGAGUCUGGCUGUGAUUGCUGCAUCGAUGAGCACGGAUAUUGAGAGUAUCCUGAAUUCGAAGUUUGGGCAGCCUAUGGCCCAGAUCUACUAUGAUGCUCUUGGCAAGCAGGGUGCCCUCGGUUUCAUGGCUGUGGUGGCAUCCGUCCAGUUCUUCAUGGGACUUAGUAUCGUCCUCGCCGCCUCUCGUCAAAGCUGGGCCUUCUCCCGUGACGGCGCCCUCCCCUUCUCCCAUUUCUUCCGCAAAGUCAGCCAGCACAGACUGAUGCUCUACCAGCCCGUGCGCAUGGUCUGCGGUUGUGUAGUUGCAGCCGCAGUCAUCGGUCUUCUAUCCUUGAUCGAUAACGCCGCUGCUAACGCAUUGUUUUCUCUUGCCGUUGCUGGUAAUGAUCUUGCGUGGCUGACACCUAUUUUCUGCCGCCUGGUAUGGGGCAAGGACAAAUUCGUCCCUGGUGAAUUCUAUACUGGAAAGUUCAGCAAGCCGAUUGGUUGGAUUGCGGUCAUCUAUAUGGUCUUCGCUAUUGUGCUAUGCAUGAUUCCUACUGGGGGACCUGAUCCUUCACCGGAGGAUAUGAAUUACACCGUUGUUAUUAACGGCGCUCUUUGGCUCGGUGCGCUUUUGUAUUAUGCUGUACAUGCUAGGAAGACGUUCACGGGCCCUCAGACCACUGUUUCACCGGAAGAUGUGGGCAAGAGAAUUGAGGUGGAGGGCAAGAGCUCGGAAAAGAGUGGACUUUAG